GUUUGCCAGCUAGUCUGUCUGUCUGUAGACUGAAACUGCACAAUGUUUCACUCAUUCUGUCAUUUUCUGCUCUUCCCUCAGCCACACAAACUGCCCCGCUGCCCCAACACCAAUCAUCUACCCCCGGCUCCAGUGCAGAGCCCGCCACGCUGCCUCAGCUCUCUGCCGCCAGCCUGCCAGUGGAGGCAGCCCAAGCCUGGCCCCCCUGUCUGUCCCAGCACCCCCUGCUGCCUACCCAGGGGCAGUAUUACCCCCAUGCCGUGCUGUCCAUGGCCCCCCGUGCCAAGCCACGCUUGGCCACUAGCUCUGGGGACUUCUUGUGCGCCGUCUGCCACAAGGUAUUCCCGCUGCAGCGCAUGCUGACACGUCACCUGAAGUGCCACAGCCUGGUGAAAAGGCACCUGUGCAGGUACUGCGGCAAGGGCUUCAAUGACACCUUCGACCUGAAGAGGCACAUGCGCACGCACACGGGCAUCCGGCCGUACCGCUGCGAGCUGUGUGAAAAGGCCUUCACGCAGCGCUGCUCACUGGAGUCCCACCUACGCAAGAUCCAUGGCGUGGCCCAGCAGUACGCGUAUCGCCAGCGCCGCUCCAAAAUAUUCGUGUGCGAGGACUGCGGCUUCACCUCCUCGCGUCCUGAUGACUAUUUCCAGCACAUGCGGCAGCGGCACCCGGGAAGCCCCGCCCUCCGAAGGUACUAUCGCAAGCACACGCACGAGCAAGGGGCCCCCAAUACCACGGAGCACAAGAUCACCCCCUUAGUGCUCUACCCGCACACCAGGUACUUCAUCUGACUCCCCCCCAGUCCUCUGGGGGGGUUUGGUUGGCCCCUGUCUGCUCAUCCCCUCCUUCAUAC